AUGAAUUUCGCCAACUGCUUUAUCGAAUCAAUAGAAAAACAGACACCAUCAAGCGAAUCCCUUGAGUUUCUUGCAAGAUUUAUGGAAGAGAAUCCAAUGGAAUACCUAACAAACCUUUUUUCAUUAAUUAACUCAGAAGAAACAAGUGACAAAAUCAAAAUUAACGCAAUCAAAUCAAUAACUGUGCCAGUUGGGUUAUUUAAACGUGGAUCUGUCAGAGAUUCACCAGAAUUUGAUAAUUUAAUUGAUCAAAUCUACACUACACUUGAACCAUUCUUACAAAGAAAUGACAAUAUUGGCAAAACAUGUCGUGAAUCUCUUAUUGCAUGCUUCAAAGCUGCUUAUAACCUGAAAUUAGAGUCAUUUCUUGGAAAAAUUUUUCAAACAUUCAACGAAAACACCGAUUUACCUAUCAUGUUAAGUAUCAUAUUGGAUAUUAUAAAGAACACCUACUCAGUAUUACCAGAUUCAUCAAUAGAAUUCUUUUAUAAUAUACUUCAAAAACAUAAUGAUGAAAAUAUCAUAAAAAUUUGCCUUGAAAUACUUUGUCAUACUGAAUAUAAGUUUAAUUCAGUAAACAAUGAAAAUGAUUCUUUAUUAAUUGAAAUUAUUAGAAAUUUCGUCAAGACCAAUCCUAAAGAAAUUAGUUUAAUUAUCAAUAAAUUUGGGAAGAGAACACUUUCUGAAGCAAUUCCAGAUAUUUUCCAAUUAGUUUCAGAAUUAUUUUUUGAAGAUAAAUUUUAUUUGCCAUAUAUCAGAGUUAUGAUGAAUUUUAAGGAAGAAUUAUACACUCAGCUUGACAUUGAAGAGAUUUACAGAAGAAUACUUCCAACUUUACUUGAAGAAUAUGACUUUGAUGGUUUUACCCAUCCAGUAAUGAUCAAUCAUGAUUAUUUUUUCAAAAUCAACAAUAAAUUUUUUUAUCCUUUCACAUAUGGAGGAUUUGAAAUUUUAUCUGGAAUAGAAAAUACCGAUGGAAUCAUGAUUUUCAAGGUUGAUGAUCCAAAGAUUGCUGAAGGCAAAAAGAUAAUGUUUAAUCAUGCAGCUGUUGCAAUCGUUGAAGCAAUUAAUUCUGAUACUUUAGAAGGAUUCAUUUGUGGUGGAAAUGCAUAUAUUUCUUUACUUCGUAUGGAUGCUGCAUUAAUGAACAGUAUUAUUCCAUUUGAAUCUAUUCUUGAAAAGAUUCCUUUUGGUCGCGAAAUCAAAUUAGAUGAAAUCUUAAUUGAAAUUCAAAGUAUUUGCAUUGGAAAAAGUCUUUGUGAACCAACAGAAGAAAUCAUUAAUAAUUAUUUCGAAAUGUUCACAUCAGAAAAUGAAGACUAUCGUGGCAUCGCCGCAGAAGCAAUUUCUAACAUUUGCAGCAUGAAAAAUGAAAAUGUUCUUAAUAUUGCUUGGGAAUUUUUCACUAAUCUGUUGGGAAACAACGAAAACACUACCGAAUUCAACAUUUCAAUACUUGAUGUUAUGAAAUCUGUUUCAGCUUAUCUUCCGCAAUCUUUUUGUUUGUCUAUCUCAGGAGAUAUCAUUUCAUUUGCAGAAACAAUUAUUUCAAGUAAUGAAAAUGGAAUUUAUAUCAGCAAAGUUCUUGGAAUCAUUGGAAAUAUUACGAAAAUUAUUGGAAAGGAAUCGAUUGAAUUUGCACAAAAAUCCAUUGACUUUGCAAACAAUCUUCUUGAAGAUUAUGAAGAUGAUUGCAUGUUCAUUUUCAGCACAGUUAUUGAAGUCUUUGGACAAGAAUGUGGUGACAUAAUCGAAAGAUGUUUUCCAUUCAUCAAAUCAAAACUUGAAGAUAUUGAUAAUGUUGCAAGAGAUUCAGUUGUUGUUAAACUCACAUUAAAUAUUGUUGAAUCAAUUGAUGAUGAAGAACUUUUGUUUGAUAUUGCUCAGUUUAUUGUAGAAAUUUUAACUGGUUUAAGAGGAGAACUUGCUAUAAUGAUACCAAUAGAACUUAGUUCAGUAAUUUUAGAAUUAUUCAAGAAGAUUCCACAAAGAUUUUCUGAAUUAAUUCCUAAAUUCAAUCUUCCAUAUUUCGAUCAUGUAGAUAGUAAUUUGGUGACAAUAUUUUAUUACACACUCGAAUAUUGCAAGUAUAAUAAGAAGGAAAUUUACCAACUAACAACUUCUGUAAUGUUUGUACUUAUUUCAGAACGUAUUUCGUCAGAAGAAAAGAAGAACGUAUUAAAUACUCUACUUGAAUUUGUUGAACAAUCAAAUUUGGAAGUAAAACCGUCUAUGCACCAAUACGAUUAUGAAUAUUUAUUAGAGCAUUUUCCAAAUGAUGUAGAACGUGUGAAGAACUGCUUUGAUAUAGAAGACAGAAUGCAACCAUUAUAA